AUGUCCGUAGCCUUGAGCGAUGCUUGGACUUUAAGGCAGCUUGCCACCUUGGCAGGGUUAAGUGGUGCCGGCGCUGCCGCACUUUUUCUGCUGGGUCGAUGGUCUGCGCAACUCGAUGCUAAACUAGCAGCUCCGAGUGUAGAGGUGUCUGCAAACAAAGGUGCCAAAAAAGCGGCAAAGGCAGCUGACUCCGUGGGAACGCCGCCCUUCAUGCGACCACCUGCACAGGUCCAGUGCAACAUUGAGGAGAGAAAUUUGGUGACCUUUGUAAGGCAACUGCCCAGCAAACCUUUAGUGCAAAGAGGGGGUGGCGAGGUGCACAGUACUGCGAAGCUGGUUUUACUGUGUGCCAGCGGAAAAGGAGGAGUGGGAAAAUCUACGGUAUCUGUAAACCUGGCUUAUAUGAUGAAGCAGAUGGGGUUCGAGGUUGCUCUGCUGGAUUUAGACAUUUAUGGACCAUCGCUCCCGGAGCUUGUUCGGCUUCCGCCAAACUGCGUGACACAGAACGAGGCUGGCCGGAUCAUCCCGAUUGACUACGGUGGUGUUGCCUUGAUGUCCUGGGGCUACAUCAAUCCAGGUGAAGCCAGUACGAUCCGGGCACCUAUAGCGAACCAGAUUGUGGGGCAGCUGCUCACAGGGGUGGAAUGGGGUCCACUCGACAUCCUCAUCAUUGACAGUCCACCAGGGACUGGUGAUGUACUGUUGUCCAUCGCGCAGACGCUAUCUGUUGACGGCUCCGUUCUGGUCACAACUUCGAACUCCAUUAGCUUGGCUGAUGUCGACAAGGGCUUGCAAUUGUUUACCAAGGUUGAAAUCGAGCCACUCUUGGUGGUCCGAAACAUGGCAUCAGUCUGCUGUGAGGAAUGCCAGCAUGAGCAGCCCCUUUUCAUGGACUCUGCGAUGGAGGGCUUGUCGGACCUACUCUCAGCAAGGUCAGUGGGCUUGGUUGAUUUGCCGCUGGAUGGGAAGUUGUCGCAGGCGCCAUUGUCCUUCCAACCUGCAAACUCGCUGCUAUAUCCCUUCGUGCGGAAUCCACACCAUGAGGCACGAGCAGCGUGGCGAGCCUUGCGAAAGGCCACCCGCUGCGUGCUCGAAGCAGCGCUGGGGCUGAAGGGCGGAACUACCUCGAGCAUGACCAAGGGUCCACGACGAGAGGCGCCGGCCUCCCUCCGGGUCCGGCCUGGCGGCUUGCUGGAGGUGAGGCUUCGAGGUGGCGAUUUACGGCCUUUGUCCUGUGGCGAGCUACGGGCAAACUGCCGCUGUGCUUUGUGUGUGGACGAGAUGACGGGAGAAGUGAAGAUUGACCAGGCCCAAAUCCGAGAGGACCUGACCCUGAAAGCUAAAACCGUCGAACAGGUCGGCAACUAUGCUGUGAGCGUGGUAUGGUCGGAUGGGCAUCAGACACUGGUUGCCUUACGAGCGCUGGCUGGGAGACUGGUCGUCAUCCGAAACUUGGAGCUUACAUCCGUCCACGCUGAGAUGGUUGGUGGUCAAGAGAAGGUCAAGAAGUCCAACUGGUGA